AUGACAACAAAUAAUCCAUUUGAUAAAGUAAAGGAUGUAUUAAAAUCACAAGAUCAAACUUAUAAUUUUUAUAAUCUUUCAAAACUUCAAGACCCAAGAAUUGAAAAAUUACCAUACUCCAUUAGAAUUCUUUUGGAAUCAGCAGUUCGUAAUUGUGAUAACUUUGAAGUACACGAAAAAGAUGUUGAAAAUAUCUUAAAUUGGGAAAACACUGCAAAUAAAGUUGAAAUUCCUUUCAAACCAGCAAGAGUAUUAUUACAAGAUUUUACUGGUGUACCAGCAGUUGUUGAUCUUGCAGCAAUGAGAGAUGCCAUGAAAAGAUUAGGUGGUGAUCCAGCAAAAAUUAACCCACUUGUUCCAGUUGAUUUAGUUAUUGAUCACUCUGUUCAAGUUGAUGUAUCAAGAACUGUUGAUGCUUUAGAGCAAAAUCAAAAGAUUGAAUUCCAUAGAAAUCAUGAAAGAUUUUCAUUUUUAAAAUGGGGUGCUCAAGCAUUUGAUGGAUUAUUUAUUGCUCCACCUGGAAGUGGUAUUGUACAUCAAGUAAAUUUAGAGUAUAUUGCAAGAGAAGUUAUGAAUGGAACUGGUAACCUCUUAUAUCCGGAUAGUGUUGUUGGUACUGAUUCUCAUACAACAAUGAUUAAUGGUUUAGGUGUUUGUGGUUGGGGUGUUGGUGGUAUUGAAGCUGAAGCUGUUAUGCUUGGUCAACCAAUGUCAAUGGUAUUACCAGAAGUUGUUGGAUAUAAAUUUGUAGGUAAAUUACCAGAUAUUGCAACAGCAACUGAUUUAGUUUUAACAGUUACCAAUGAAUUAAGAAAGAAAGGUGUAGUUGGUAAAUUUGUAGAAUUUUAUGGUGAAGGUGUAUCAACAUUAUCAGUUCAAGAUAGAGCAACCAUUUCAAAUAUGGCACCAGAGUAUGGAGCAACUAUGGGUUUCUUUCCAGCUGAUGAGAAUACUAUUGAUUAUUUAGCCUCAACUGGUCGUUCAAAUACAAAGAUUGAAUAUAUUAAAAACUAUUUAUCAUCACAAGGUUUAAUGUGUAACUAUAAGUCACAAUCACAUCCAAUCUUUACCACCACUAUGGAAUUGGAUUUAUCAACCGUUGUACCAAGUUUAUCAGGACCAAAGAGACCACAUGAUCGUAUCUCACUCAAUUCAAUGAAACAAGAUUUCAAUAGUUGUCUCUCAUCACCAGUAGGUUUUAAAGGUUUUGGUUUAACUGCUGAUCAAAUUCAAAAGAAAGCAACUUUCACAUUCAAAGAUAAACAAUAUACCAUUGGUCAUGGUGCAGUUACCAUUGCAGCAAUUACAAGUUGUACCAAUACAAGUAAUCCAUCAGUAAUGUUGGGUGCAGGUUUAUUAGCAAAGAAUGCUGUUGAACAUGGUUUAGAGGUUGCUCCAUACAUUAAAACUAGUUUAUCACCAGGUUCUGGUGUUGUCACUGAAUACUUUUCUCAUAGUGGCCUUCAAGAACCACUUAAUAAGUUGGGUUUCGAUUUAACUGGUUACGGUUGUAUGACUUGUAUAGGUAAUAGUGGUGAAUUGGCCGAACCACUCGCAGAAGCAAUCACCAAAGAGGAUUUGGUUGUCGCCGGUGUACUCUCUGGUAAUCGUAAUUUCGAAGGUCGUAUUCAUCCACUCCUUAGAGCCAAUUAUUUAGCUUCCCCACCAUUGGUAGUUGCUUAUGCAUUGGCUGGUACUGUUGAUAUCGAUUUUGAAACCACUCCAUUGGGUGUCUCUAAAAAAACUGGUCAACCAGUAUUCCUUCGUGAUAUUUGGCCAUCAAAAGAUUUGAUUCAACAAACCAUUAAAUCAAGUGUUCUUCCAGAUAUGUAUGAAAGAGUUUAUUCAAAUGUAAACGAUGGUAAUAAAAGUUGGAAUGAAUUAAAGGUACCAACUGGUUUACUUUACCCAUGGGAUGAAAAAUCAACUUAUAUCCAUAAUCCACCAUUCUUUAAGACUAUGGAAUUAACCGUUUCAAAGAGACCUGCCAUUACAAAUGCUUAUUGUCUUUUGAAUCUUGGUGAUAGUAUUACCACUGAUCAUAUUUCACCAGCCGGUAACAUCAAUAGAAAAUCAUCAGCCGCUCGUUAUUUAGAGUCCAAAGGUGUAAAACCAGAAGAUUUUAACACCUAUGGAUCUCGUAGAGGUAAUGAUGAAAUUAUGGUUAGAGGUACCUUUGCCAAUACUCGUAUUGUUAAUAAAUUGGCUCCAGCCGUUGGUCCACAAACAACCUAUGUACCAACUGGUGAGUUAAUGUUUAUUUCAGAUGCUGCAGAAAAAUAUCAAUCAGAAGGUCAUCAACUCAUUGUUUUGGCUGGUAGUGAUUAUGGCUCUGGUAGUUCUAGAGAUUGGGCUGCCAAAGGUCCAUACCUUCAAGGAAUUAAGUGUGUCAUUGCCAUCUCAUUUGAACGUAUUCAUAGAUCCAAUCUCGUUGGUAUGGGUAUUAUCCCAUUGCAAUUCCAACCAGGUCAAAAUGCCUCUACUUUGGGUCUCACUGGUAAAGAACAAUUCAAUAUCGAGUUACCAACUGAUAAAUCCCUCAUUAAAACUGGUCAAACCGUAAAGGUUACCACUAAUUGUGGUAAAUCUUUUGAAACUAUCCUUCGUUUCGAUACUCCAAUCGAAGUUGAAUAUUGGGCAAAUAAUGGUAUCUUAUCUUAUGUUUUAAGAAAACUUUUACAUUAA